AUGAACUCUCUUCCCAAUCCCGAAGUUGCGGAGCGGUACGCUCAGGAGCGCGACAAACGCCUGCGUCCGGAUGGCACAUCCCAAUUCGUCCAGCUCUCAACGUCGGACAAGUACAAAUACCUCGCGACCGACCCGUGGGUCGACCACGCCGCUCUCAACGCCGCAGCGCACGUGCUCAGCGACGGUGACGACGUCAAAUUCCUCAUUCUCGGCGCCGGGUUCGGAGGCUUGGUGCUGGCAGCGCGGUUGAUCGGGGCCGGCUUCGACGCAUCGGACAUCCGCCUGGUCGAUGCGGCGGGUGGAUUCGGGGGGACUUGGUACUGGAAUCGCUAUCCCGGGCUGAUGUGCGACGUCGAGAGCUACGUCUACAUGCCACUGCUCGAAGAGACAGGUUACAUGCCCAAAUACAAGUAUGCGCACGGGGACGAGCUGAGGGAGCAGGCAGAGCGCAUCGCAGCGCACUACCGGCUGCAAGCUUCGCUGAGAACAGUUUAUCACAGUGCAGACUGGAGCGACGAACACAAGCAUUGGACCGUGAAAAUGCGCGAAGAUCGGGGACCAGACGAACCGGAGCGCUCGUUCUCGGUCUCCGCGCAGUUCGUAUGCCUCGCUGCAGGGGUGAUAAUGUCGCCGCAGAUCCCAUCCUUGCCUGGUUUCGAUGAGUUCAAAGGCCCGACAUUCCACACUGGUCGGUGGAACUACUCCGUCACAGGCGGAUCCCCGGCAUCUCCGAAUCUGGACAAGCUCAAGGACAAGCGCGUGGGGAUCAUCGGCACCGGCGCCACUGCGAUCCAGGUGAUCCCUGAGCUCGCCAAGUGGGCCAAAGAACUCUUCGUGUUCCAGCGCACACCCUCCAGCGUCGACGUGCGAAACCAGCAUCCCACUGAUCCAGAAGAGUGGAAGAACAAGAUUGCGACUGGCAAGGGAUGGCAGCACGCCCGGUCGGUCAACUACAACGCCAUAUUGGCCAAUCAACCCGAAGAAGGCCCGGAUCUCGUAUCCGACGCGUCGUGCCAGAUCCCUGCGUUCUGCGGAAUUAUUGGUGCGCCAGGGAUAGUGACGCCUGAGCAGAUUCCGGAGCACAUCGCAAAGCUGCAUAGUUUGGACUUGCCACGCGCCGAACGGGUCCGGGCACGCAUCGACGAGAUUGUGCGGGACCCGGAAACCGCAGCGAAGCUCAAGGCGUGGUACCCCGUCUGGUGCAAGCGGCCGACGUUCCACGACGAUUACCUUCCCGCGUUCAACCGCCCGAACGUCACCCUCGUUGAUACGGACGGGAAGGGUGUGAAUGCGCUGUCCGCGGACGGCGUAGUCGCCAACGGCACCGAGUAUCCCAUCGAAGUGCUCGUCCUCAGUACCGGGUUCCAACUGACCCUCGGAGCAGGCACGGGCAGCCCCGCCUCCCGGGGGAGGUUCCGCGUCACGGGCGCAAAGGGGAGAGACAUGGACAACAAAUGGACCGAGGAGGGUUGCGGCACGCUGCACGGCAUCGCGUCGAGCGGGUUCCCCAACAUGUUCUUCCUCCCGGGCCUCUCGCAGCUCGGCUUCGCCGUGAACUUCACGUUUUCGCUCGAAGCCACGUCUAAGCACAUCGCGGCGAUUGUCGCCCAGGCGCACUGCGUCGUCGGUGACGCCGAGAGGCCAGUGAUCGAGGUGGAGAAGAGCGCCGAGGAUGCGUGGACGGCGGAGGUCGUGAAACGCGCGACAUGGUUCGCGGCAGUCGGGGGAUGCACGCCAGGAUACUUCAGUCUCGAGGGCGAAGGCGGCCGACUGAAAAGUAUGGCUGAUCAGCUCAAGGCCGCGAAAUCUGCGGUAUGGGGAGAGGGGAUCGUUAGCUAUGCCAAAAUCCUUGAGGAGUGGCAAGCACAGGGCGGUCUCAAGGGCUUUAGUGUCACGGCAUGA